AAACAGGGCUUUAAGUCCCCAAUAGCACACUCAGCAGCCAGCACAGAGAGCGAGAGAUGGAGAGCCUCUCGUCUGAUACAGAAACAAGGGCGUCGAUUUGGGAUGAUAGCUUUGUCUCAGAUGAAGAAGUUGCAGAAGAGAGGAGCCCACGAGCUGGGUUCAGAGAUAGAGAUCCUUGGUCUAAGAAAAAGAAGAAAAACCAAUUUUUUCUUGAAGGGUAUGUUGAAGCAGGUGAUGAGGAGGACCAAGAACAAGGAGGAUCAAAUGGGUUCUCAAGGACGAAGAGCUUGACUGAUGAUGAUCUUGAUGAGUUGAAGGGUUGUUUGGAUCUGGGGUUUGGUUUCAGUUAUGAUGAAAUCCCUGAGCUCUGCAACACCUUACCUGCUCUGGAGCUUUGUUACUCCAUGAGUCAGAGGUUUAUGGAUGAGCAACAAAAGUCUCUGGAGACAUCUACGGUUUCUUCAGUUACUUCUGAGACCUGCUCUUCUUCUUCAGGUCCGAUUGCCAACUGGAAGAUCUCUAGCCCUGAAUUAAUCUGGAUCAACUGAUCUAUCUAGAUGAAGCUCUGAUGAGUGUGUCAGGUGAUGAUCCGGAUGAAGUUAAAGCAAGGCUGAAGUUUUGGGCUCAAGCAGUGGCAUGCACAGUUAAGUUAUGCAGCUGACAGUGAUGGAA